AACAAACUCAUGACUCACUUCGUCUAUUGGAAUUACUACACAGGUUAGUCAUUUUUGUCAAGUGGUUUAAGGAACAUAUCGGAAUUCUCCUUAAAAAAGAUGGCUCGACCGCCUUGGAGCAACGACUUCUUUGGGUUUUUUCGGGGCCUAUCACGGAUUGGGUCAGCUGCUGCGGAAAUCCGAACAGAGGAAGUAAGCAAGGCAUGGGCCACUUCAUCGCUUCGACCAGUGGUCGCAAAAGGGGCUAGUAGUCUUCAAGAAGCUAUCACAAAAGCCAUACAAGAUCCCCAAAUGUUCCAGGCAAAUGUAUCAAAAACCACAACAGAGACUUUGUCCCGUAUAUCUCUUGUUGCAGAAGGUAUCAAAGCAUACAGAACACAGACACCACCGAUUUCAAAAACAAAUUUCUCUGAAGGUGCGCAAGAAGUUUAUGAUCCAUUAUAUGAUCCCAAUAUCCAAGAACUAAGCAUAGAAGAUAUAAUGUUGCAUGAAGCCAUGAGUGGUCAUGAAGACCACCGAGUUUCACCUGGUGGUGAACCAGGUGUUGAAAUUCUUGCUGGGAUUGGGGAGAUUACUGAUGCAACUGCUACUAACAUUGAACAGGUGAAAAGCACUGUAUCCACAAGACUUGAUGGCUUUGAGCCCCUUCUCGAUGCUUCACAGUACAAAAAUAGUGAAAUUACAGAAGAACAUGUACAGGCACUGCAAAAUAAGAUUCAAGAAAUGGAAGGGGCUGCUUUUGGAUACAAUAAUGUGGGAUCAUUCAAGGAUGUAGGUAGUACAGAACUCGUUGAUGAAAUAAUGGAUGAUUCUAUAGGAAAAGUUGACUCUGUUGAAAUGGCAUCAAGUAAUGUAUUAACUCCAGAAGUUGUAGAUGAAGGAUCUAAUAUUCAAGAGUUGAGUAUUGAAGAUGUUAUGAUGCAGGAAGCAAUGAGCUGUCAUGAAAAUCUUGCAGUACCAACAAAUAAUGUGACAGAGUCAAGACAUUUAGGCGCAGAGAUUGAAAACGAGGCAAAUAAGAGAACUGAGCAGUUUGAUCGACUUAUUGAAGGUUUACAAUUCGAAACACGGGAAAUCACACCAGAGCAUCUUCAAGCAGUUAGUGAAAAAUUAGUUGAAAUACAAAAUAUUUCCUUUGGCCAUGAUUUGAGAAUAUUUAGCGAGGCCGAAAGAGAACCAGCUCUUGGAGAAUCAGCCAAUACCCAAGGAGAAACUGAACUGUCACCAUCAAGUACAAAUGUAGAAGCUGUUCACAAAGGUACAGAGGAAGUCAUUACAAAUGCUAUUAGUGAAAAAGAAAGAAUUCAAGAGUUAAGUAUCGAAGAUGUUGUGAUGCAAGAAGCAUUGAGCAGUCAUGAUAAUCUUACAGUACCAACAAAUAGUGUAACAGAAUUAAAACAUUUAGACGCUGAGGUUGAAGGUGAGGAUAAUAAGAGAAUUGAGCAGUUUGAUAAGCUAAUUGAAAGUUUACAGUUUGAAGAAAGGGAAAUCACACCAGAGCAUCUGCAAGCAGUUAAUGAAAAAUUAGCUGAAAUACAAAAUAUUUCCUUUGGCCAUGAUUUGAGAAUAUUUAGUGAGGCUGAAAAAAACCCAAAUCCUGUAGAAUCAUCAUCAAGCACAAUUGUAGAAAAUGUUCAGAAAGGUUCAGAGGAAAACAUCAUGAAUACAAUGAGUGAAAAAGAAAAUGUAGCUUUAGAGUUAGAUAAUGCCAUUAAGCAGUUUGCCAAAUCUGUUGAUAAUAGCAUGUCAGAAAAAACUGUCCAGGACUUUGAUGUUGAGGUCCAGAUAGAAAGACCUAUGCAGGUUGAAUUUGUUGAUUCUAAAGUAGAACCACCAAACUCACACACUGAUUUCCCCGGCCCAAAAACUCCAUUAAAUUUUGUUGAAGCGUCACCUCUUUUUUCUGGGGCAGGGCUAGCAGCGGUUGGUGCUUCUGGUGCAGCAACAGUAGCAGCAGCAGCAGCAAGUAUCUCUGGAGUAGGUGCUGCAGCUGCAGUUGCAGGUGGUGUUAUUGCUUCAGCCAAGUACUUAGAAAAAGAAUCUACUUCGCAAGCAGAUGAGUUGAAAGGAGAUGAAGCUUGUGAUCUUGAUACCUCAAAAUCUGUUUCACGUACCACAUCACCCGAAGAGGCACCAGUUUCUGUGGGCACAAAAACAGCAGCAGAAAGUCCUGAUCAUGUUUCAGUAACAGGAUCAGAGCAUAAAUUAGUUUCAGCACAAAUGCCAGAGUCUCCUUUGGAAAGCAUAUCUGCGAAAGAAACACUUGAAAAUACAUUGUCAUCAGCUUUCAGAUGCUCUAAUAUAAAGCCAGUGGUUUCUGACAGUCCAGAAAUUGUGUUGUCUGAGACUGUAAAACCUGAUAGUGCUAAAGUCACUGAGCCUGAUACUUCACAUAGUCAGGCAUCUGCAGAAGUUUGUGAUUCUGUACCAGCUGCUGAGUCGGUACAUGAUUUAGCUUCAGUGAAAAUGCCAGAAUCACAAAUAAAAAGUAUAGCUGAUGUAGAAAAACCUGAAAAUAAUUUAUCACAGGUAGAUACGGUCAUUGCCUCAGAUUCACAAGCAGUUUCAGGUGCCAUUAUUGAAGAAGCAGUGGUUGUCAAAAGUCCUGAAAUUGGUUUGUCUGAUACUUCACCUGUACAGGCAUUAGACACUGCAUCUGUUACUGAAACAGCAUCAGAACAAAUUUCUUCACCUGUUGAUGCUGUUGUUACAUCUACAUUAUCAGAUUCCAUUACCCAAACAGUAGGGGACCUUGAAAUGAAGGUUAGCACAGAGAAAGUUAAAUCUGAGUCAAAGGAAUCAGAUUGUGUAGCUUCUGAUACUGAGGCAAAAUUUGAUGCGGCAAACACUGCUUCAGCAAACCUUGCAUCAGUUGCUACUGCAGAUACAGAAAAAACAAAAUUAGACCAUGAAAUAAAUACCCUAGGUAAAAAAGAAAAGCUAGAACCUGGUGCUGCAGAGGUUGCAAGUGCCUCUGUGGCUGCUGCUGCCAGUGCAGCUGCAGCAGUAGGUGUUUCGGCCAGUUCCCCCAUACCUCCUGCUAGUACCUCUACUACUACUACUACUACUGCAACAGAUUCUAUAACCCCUCCAUCUACCAAGCCAUCCUCUAAAUCAACACCUGCUGAGCCUGAGAAAAAGUCAGCUCCUGCUGCUAAACCAAAGCCAAAGCUUCUUGGAAGGAAGCCACUAGCAAAGGACAAGCCAAAAUCAACUUUGGCUGAAAAUGCACAAGCACGCAAAGUACCUCACUCCCGCUUUGGACGGAUGUUAACUUUUGGGAGUUUAGCAGCAGGACUUGGAGCUGGAACAAUUGCUGAAAUGACACGUAGGACAUUGGGAGUGAAUCAGGGCAAAGGCUCUGGAUCCCUUCUAGAUGCAUCGCCAUUUUUGACUGAAGCAAAUGCCAAGAGAAUAGUGGACACUCUGUGCAAAGUGAGAGGAGCUGCUUUGAAACUUGGUCAAAUGUUGAGUAUCCAAGACAGUGCAUUAAUCAAUCCUCAAGUACAAAAGAUUUUUGAACGAGUGCGACAGUCUGCUGACUUUAUGCCCGCUUGGCAACUGGAGAAAGCCAUUCGUGAGGAGCUGGGAGAUGAAUGGAAAUCAAAAGUUGCAUACUUUGAUGACAAGCCUUUUGCUGCAGCAUCAAUUGGCCAGGUACAUUUGGUCAAGCUUCAUGAUGGUCGGUCAGCUGCCAUGAAAAUUCAAUAUCCAGGAGUUGCAGCUGGGAUUGAAAGUGAUAUAAACAACCUUAUUUCAACUCUGAAAGUUGCAAAUAUUAUUCCUGAAGGGUUGUAUGUGGAUUCAGUGAUUGAGGUCGCUAAAAGAGAAUUGGGUUGGGAGUGUGACUAUAAAAGAGAGGCAUCAUGCACUGAGGAGUACAGACAGCUAAUCAAGCCAUAUCCAGAGUUUUAUGUUCCAGAAAUUGUUCCUGAACUUUGCACGGCACAGAUAUUCACAUCAGAAUUGAUUGAAGGUGUUCCUGUUGACAAGUGUAUAGACAUGGACCAAGACACAAGAAAUUACAUUGGUGAGAAAAUAAUUCGGCUGUGUCUCUUGGAACUCUUUAGGUUUGGUUUCAUGCAAACUGAUCCAAACUGGUCCAACUUUUUCUACAACGCUGAUACUGAACAGCUUGCACUGUUGGACUUUGGAGCUUGUCGCUCAUAUGACAAAAGUUUUGUCGAUAAAUACAUACACAUCAUCCAUGGAGCUGCUUCUAAAGACAGAGGGAAGAUUUUGCAGUAUUCACAGGAACUUGGUUUCCUCACUGGACAUGAAGCUAAGGUCAUGAUGGAUGCGCAUAUAGAUGCAAUUAUGAUAUUAGGAGAAGCUUUCCAGAAUGAUGAGCCAUUCCCCUUUGGAUCCCAAGACACCACACAUAGGAUCCAGCAUCUUGUGCCUGUGAUGCUGUCUCAUCGCAUGUGUGCGCCUCCAGAGGAGUCAUAUUCUCUGCAUAGGAAAAUGUCGGGAGUUUUUCUCCUUUGCGCAAAACUGAAUGCUGUUGUUAACUGUAAGCCUUUGUUUGAAGAAGUAUUUGAAGAAUAUAAGUUUGGAGGAACUUGGAAAGAAUUUCAUAAAACGUUAGGUAUUUAAAAUACUAUCAGAGGUUUUAUGGAAAGAAUUUCACAAAACUUUAAGCAUAGAAUGGUAUUAGGGAUUUCACUAAUGACUUGUUUUGUUGACAGUGACUGUAGAUUUUCUAUCUUAAAAUUUUUUUUAAUGUUGUUUUAGAAUUGUGGAACUCAAGGUCAUGGCUCAGUGUUGUUUGUUUGCUAUGUUAUCAAAACUCUUUAAGAAAUGUAUCUCACAACAUAUGCUGCAAUUUUUGUGUAUGAUGCAAACUAGACUUUAAGCUAAUGGAACAUCAUGAUGAUUAGAUGGAAAGAUAUAUCUGUCAAAGAAGUGUACUUAUGAAGUUUACUACUUCAUGACUUUGGCUUAAAGUAAUUUUCAGUUUUAUGUUGAUUUUGUAUAAGAUGUCUUACAAAUUGUAGACCUACCUACAAGAAUUUGCUUAAAUUGUUGGCAACUACAUAUUUGUUAGCCAGAAGGUGAAACCCUCAGUGAAAUGUGGUAGCAAUGAUUCCAUUUUUGUUAUUUGUGUGGUUGAAAAGCUGCAACAUAGCCAUGAAAGAAUGAGUAGAAAAUCUUGUCUUCAAAAGAUUUUGCUAUCUACCAAAGUUAUUUUAAAAUGUGUGUGUACUGUUGAUGAACUAGAGCAGUCUAGUCCAUUAAAAUUUUUUAAUGUUUUGUCAUACAUUUCCUACAUUUAUGACUGCAUAGUUGGGGCAUGGUUGCAAAGACUGUGCGAAUGACAGCUUCGCUUGAAUUUCACUUAAUUGGCAGGCAUCCUAAUCCAUAGUUAGUGCAUGAUUCAAAUUGGUAAGCAGGAACGAAAAUGAGAUUGGUUUGAAUUUCAGUGUCAGUGGGCAUUGCAGGUAAGAGUCGUUGCCACUCAAAUGCUGUAAAAAGUAGUGUAUGAUACUUAUCUUCAUUUCUUUUUUUUUCAUGCAGUACUUUUAAAAUAUAUUUUAGACAAUGUGAAUAUCGUGUUCAGUUCCGACUAGUGUUAAAAAAUUUAAGAGCAUUAAGAAUGUGUACAAAGUUCAGAAGGUUAGGGUAAUGCGAUCAUGCCAUAUAUUUGAGGGAUUCUUUUUACACUUAUGGAAUAAUGAAAUCAGUUUUGCUUUAAUUGUUACUAACCAAACUUAAGAUAAAAAAUUCAUAUUCCUAACGUAGACACUAGUGUAGACAUACAGAAUAUAGUUAUUUUGACUGCAUUAUUUUCACACGAAAAGGCUUUUAAAAGCAAUUAUGGUUCAUAUAAUAAUUCCACGUAAUCUGCCUUAACCUUUCAGGCACAAAAAGUAACUUUUCAAAUAACACUUGUUCAUCAAAUCCAUAUACGUACUAUUACUGUAAUCAGCAGGUUUAGUGACCACAAUAAGGGCUAAUUGUCAGUAAAGAGGUUGAAAGGAAACAAAAUUUUUUAUAAGACAAGAACCAAUAUUCAUUUACUGCUGCCUGCCCUUAAAAAAAUGAGAUAAUACAUCUUGUCAGCUCCCAGAAGUCUUCCCUUUCAUGUGAUAUAUUUUUACAAAUUCUCCCCCAUAAUUUUUUUAUAUAACAAGUCCCCAUUUUACUUUUGUGAUAAACUUUGUCAACUUUAUUACAUUUAUGGCAUUUUAGAUGGCUCUCUUCACUGAUUAUUGGUAUAUGAGGAAGUUUCAAGUCUUAAAUUUAAAAUGUUUUCUUGUGAUUGUGAAAAAUCAAGUUGAAUUGGGUCACUGUCAUCCUGUUGAAAAUGUUGUGCUUGGUUGUCCUCUAGUUAAGACAUUUCUUUAUAUUUAACUAAGAUGUGUAUUUUUUU